ACGCUCAUCUUUUAGACUCGGACUCACACAUAGAUCAGAGAUCGAUCGAUAAUCCAAACUUCGCAGCAAAGCAAAGACUUCUCAGCGCUCCCACAUAUAUCCUCCAGAAUCCUCGAGGACUAUCAUAAGUUAUAAUUACUAAGUCUAAGCUUAUCGAUUCCUCGUGCGCCGAUCAUGCAAGCACCCGAGUUCCAUGAUUCACCUACAAGUGCCAUACAGCCUAUCUACGACUGCCUUCAGUCCAUACUCGACCGUUUCGAUAAACUCGAAGAUCGUCUGGAUAAGUUAGAACAGCGUUUUGACAAAGUCGAAGCUCGUACUGCUCGUUUCCAGUGGAUCACUGCAAAGUCCCACAACAUACUCUGCGACAGUAACGUCAAUGGACAGCCAAAGUACGAAGAAGUUCCAUUUCCCGACGGAAGUUUGCCGACAGAUGGACAGCAUAAGCUUCCACUUCUCUCUACCUCCGAGGCAGUGGACGAGUUGUCGUCUGCCGAAGCCACUGCCUACCAUGAAGGCUAUUAUCCGGGCGUGACCCCUCCCUACUCCCUUGGCAGUCGAAAGUCUGCCAUCAAGCAAGCCAUCGGGUGCCGUGCAGGUUGAUGCAGAUGAUUUCUCGUGUCAUAUUAGCCCAAAAUGACCCAGUUGUUAUUGUUGAAACGUCAAGAAUUGUUCUUAUUUAAAUUUUAUCUUGCUCACUGUACGAUGUCUUUGUAGAUGUCUAUAACAUGAUGUAUAUGUUAAUUUUUACAUGGAAGUUCUUACUAGUGCGUUGCCAAUUGUUUUAAAAUUUCAUUCCACCUUCCAGUUCACUUCCGUAGAGAUAUUACAUCAGACUUCCUCGACAUAACUAGGUGUACUAAGUAAACUGUAUAUAUAAACGAGAAGCGUAUUCAUAGUAGAACGACCAUUCACAUAAGUAAAACAAGAUCCUUAUAAAACACGAUUUCCUCUAUUAGCUACCGCUACCAACAGCCAUGCCAUCACUUUGAGCCUGUCCAUCUAGUACCAAUGGCAGCUCCAUGAUCCUUCCAAAUAUCUCAAAAUUGAUCUUUCCUUUAAUCGUCUCCUCAUCAAAUCUAGCAUCCUCGAUGUACGGCGAGAGAAACGCAUGGCUAAAAGCAAUUUCCAGCUUUGCCAUCCAUCGCGCAAACGGCUCCCCCCACUUUGUUAGAUGAUAAGCCACCCUGGGGCCCAUAGUCAACAAGAAAUUUUGGAAGUGGUCCUCCGCCGCAAUCCAGGUCCGCAGACGUUCGGAGAAACAUGCGAGCCAAAUCAUGACGUAGAACAUAGACUCGAGAUCGUGCCUGUACAUGUACUUGAACUUCCUACCACGCUUCCAAGAUAAUGGUAGCGACAUUUCGCG